CACCCUAGACGAAACUGAGACGGGUUCGGUAUUCUUGCAGCAAAAGACACGGAGUUACGGCCGGCCGUUCCUUUCUAGAUCAUGUCACGGCACCGGCGGCCGAGUCGGACAUGAACCCCGCCGUAUGUCACGCAGGGUGCUCCCAUAUAUACGCGCGCCUUCCCCUCGUCGUCGUCCCCAAGAAAAUCAAUCGCCGUCGUCGCAGCUUUGGAAGGCCCGCGCCGCCCACGCACACACAAAUAAAAAGCCCUAGGUAGCUAGCGAGCUCACCUCCACGAAGGAGCGAUCAAAGCUUCGGCAGGUCCGGCAGCCGUUGGGACCGAGAUGGCGCAGGAGGAUCAGACGAAGGUGCUGCUGCGGAGCGCGGACCUGGCCAAGUUCGCCGUGCCAGCGUCGCUGGUGCAGCGGGCGGGGCGCGUCGCGGCGGCGGUGGGCGCCGGGGAGCGCGUGGUGGAGCUGCCGCGCGGGGUCUCCGGCAAGGGCCUCGCCACGGCGGUGGAGUACUACAAGGCCCGCGCCGAAGCCGAGGCCAGCGGCGCUGACGUCGGCGAGUUCGACGACGGGUUCGUCGGCGGGCUGACGCACGACGCGGCCAUCGACCUCAUCCACGCCGCGCACCACCUCGGCGACGAGAGCCUCUUCAACCUCUUCCUGGGCUACAGAGCCAAUCAGUUCUAGAUAUGAGGUUUAUUAAAUCUUUUGUUGAGUACGUACUAGUAGUACUGGACUAGUUCGUGUUGAUCGGCACAGUUUUUUUUCUUCAUCGUAUCGAUGUUUACAUGUAUGCUUUGUUCGGAGAAAAUUGCAUAUUGCUACCACAA